UCAAAUGGCCGAUGUUUGGAUUGAAGCCGUUAGUGCCGUUACUUGUAUUUUAUUCCUCAAAUUUAUGUUUCUAAGUUUGUGAAAUCAUUAAAUAUUCCGAAAUGACGAUGACGAAAGUAAAUAAAAAACAAUUAAAAAUAACAAAGCUGUUUCGCAAAGGAAAUAAACGUCCCAGAAUCCUUAAGGAAAACGAUGAAAAUAGUGAGUUACAGCAGGAGGUGGCGGAAUUAGAACGAAAGCUUCAAGAGAAACAAAAUUACCUGUUCCAAAUCCAGAGGGCGAGCUACCGGCACCCUGUUGUAGUCCCGAAGAGAACUGAAGAUAAUGAUGUUGCUAAUACUAAAUCAUUAAUCGUGAAACACCACAUAGACAGAUGGCAGAAGACCCUGGACGUGACAACAAUGUUGACGGGCAUGGUGGUAGAGUCCUAUGACCGGGACCACUGCAGUGUCAUAUUCCACAUGCAACUUGACAGAGAUAUGGAUGUCAAACAUGGAGUCACCAUAUCCGAAGUAGACGGUGAACAAAAGAUCACAGGCAGCUCUCUGCCCCUCGGCUUCAACCUAAAGUCAAUGUUAGAUGGCUGCAACAACGAGAUUUCAUUCAAAACCUUUGACGUCAUCAGGAAAGCACUCACCGCCUACUAUGCCAGACUUGAACAGUAUGAAGACCUCAAGGUGUAUCUAAGCGUGGACGCGUCGCUGUUCAAACUGAUGGACGGCACACAGAUGGAGUUCACAUUCGUCGUCAGAAACGAACUGGAGGAAGACAGUGAAGCCACAGAGAGCAUUACAUUCAUAUUGAACUACACUAUGUAUGACAUUCGGCCUAGAGAUUAUUCCUUCAAAGGUUUAUCAGAUAAACCUCAAGAGACGCUGUGGGAGCAGUUCUUGUUGUUCAAGAAAUACCCUCUGACAAAAGCCUUCAAACUGGCCUUCAUCGACGACGAGGGCCCCUACAAACUGGUCAGACAUGUCGACAGCCCGCUACUCGAGUCGCGUCGCAACUGUCGAAAGCGUCACCGGCGCAAUGCCAACGCCAACCACGCCAACGACGAUACCUUCCACGUCGAGGACUGCUCCGAGUCCAGUGGAGAUGAGGCUGAAGAUAACUAACAUAAAAUAGUACAUUAUGAUACAAGUGUGCUAAGUUGGUCACUACACACCAGGCGAUAUUGUGCGCGCGAGCUGUAAGCUAGCGCGCAAUAAGGAAGCCGAUGUGUGUAAUGACCAAUGCACACGCGUUUCAUACGACGUUUUUCAACACACUUGCGAGAAAAAAAAGAAACUUUCAUAUUAAUCAAAUUUUAAUAGUUAAAACAGUUAGUAUUGUGUGUUUCAUCUGUCAUACUCGUACUGCCGGCCGGCCCUCGCUCGCCCCGGCCGCGGGCGGCGCACUUGCCUGCGGGCGCGCCCGUGCCCGCCAGUCCGACCAAUGAGGGCUAACGCGUAUGAAUUCGCCGCUAGGGGCGCUAGUGUAGAUGGUGGUCUUUUCCAUAGUUCGAAAUGUCACUUGUCACUUCAAUGACUGACAGCUGUUCUUUAGUCUUUUGGACCACCAUCAACAGAGGCGCCAACUGGUGAGCAAAAAAACGAUAGCCCUCAUUAAAGAAGGCUCCCUUUCCAUGCAUAUUAUUAGCAAUCAGUUAGCUUCUUAACUCAGUCGGAUAAUAUAAUGAAAAAGCACGAGUGGAAUAAUACACUGAAAGAGCACGCACGUUUAAUAUCUAGGAUUAUGAGCCAAAAAUCGGUGGAAUAAAAACGUCGUUUUGAGCAAGUGUGUUGAAAAAAUAAUUAUGAAUCGGUUAAGUUAAUCGUAAUGUUUAUGUGUAAAAUACCACCGGAAAUAAAUUAGGAUAUCAUAUAUAAA